CUACUUCUAAGAAAAGAUGAACAACAACCAGCUGAAACAGUUGUACUUUUUAAAAAACAUGUAAUACAUUGGUUUAUGUUUGAAACAUCUGCUGUAUCGGUCCACAAAGUCAGAGAAGAAAAGUAAACAAAAGAAAGAAUGCAGAUUUUGUACGUGGCACGUUUACGUGGCGUGAACAAUGAGCGUUACCCGGAAGUGCUACAUUCGGCAGAAACAUUUCGAGCUAGAUAGCUAUAAAGAAUAAUCGCUAAGUGCAGUUAAUUUUGCUCAAAAAUUAUUCAAAAAUAAAUAAAAUAGCUACAUUGAAGAGUACGAUAUGGGCAAUACACUUUCUAGAGAUGACAACGUGUCAACUGUAGGCAACAAUACUUUGUGAGGGAAGAGGGUUAGCCUAGCAUGCUAUCUAAUUUUGCUAACGUUACAGUAGCUACUACUAGAUGAUGUUUAGAUUUCUGCAAAAGUAAGAAGCAGAUUAGCUAGAUUGACAUGAUUGUAUAAACAACCGUGUUCAAUGUCAAUGCCGUAGUGGUUAAAUUGUAGAGUUAUUUAGCAGAACUGACCACUUGGCUGUUUAGACCAAGGCGAUUCUUGUGAUCAAUGAUUGUUUGACAUUUUAGUCGUUAAGUAUAAGAGCGACUUAAAAUUCAGGAUUUUUUUUUAAAGAUAGUUAGGUGAGACGACACAUCACGUUAAUUUUUCCCUCAACAAAGUAUUUAUCACCAAAGGCAGUGCUAGUGGGAAAAGAGAAGUACAUUUUGAUGUCUUGUUAUUUUUUAAAUACUUGGCGUUAUCUGUCUAGCAGUCAAGCUUGCCAACCUAUCUAUCUAGUCGGUUUCUGGAUUCAGAGUAGUCUGUUUACCGCUCUAGCUACCACUUUCCAAUAGUCAGGCUAAUUGUUGCAUAGCAAAGCACAGCUGCAAUUAUGUCUAUGGACGACUUCACUUCGAUCAGCCUGCUGUCCCUGGCAAUGCUAGUGGGAUGUUAUGUGUCUGGAACCAUUCCUCUGGCUGUCAACUUCUCAGAGGAGAAGCUGAAGCUGGUGACGGUCCUGGGAGCAGGGCUGCUGUGUGGUACUGCCCUGGCUGUCAUCAUCCCCGAGGUCCAUGCCCUGUACGAGGAGGUCCUGGAGGGUGUGCACCACGCCCCUGGCCAGGUGGAGGGGGUGGGGGUGUCUGAGCCCAGGGAAGGUGUGGAUGCAGCUCUGGGGGUCAGUGGGGAGCACAGCCACAGCCACGAGCACCUCCAUGCCUACAUUGGGGUUUCUCUGGUCCUGGGGUUCGUCUUCAUGCUGCUGGUCGACCAGAUCGGAAGCGCCCACGUACACAGCAGUGCUGACGAUCCAGAGUCUGCGAGGGUUGCCAGCUCCAAGAUCACCACCACCUUGGGACUAGUGGUCCAUGCAGCAGCUGACGGAGUGGCUCUCGGAGCAGCGGCUUCAACUUCCCAGACCAGUGUUCAGCUCAUUGUCUUUGUGGCCAUCAUGCUUCACAAGGCCCCAGCUGCUUUUGGCCUGGUCUCUUUCCUGAUGCAUGCUGGUCUGGAGAGGAAUCGGAUCCGUAAACACCUGCUGGCCUUCGCCCUGGCAGCACCUGUCCUCGCCAUAGUUACCUUCGUAGGACUCAGCCAGAGCAGUAAAGAGGCACUGUCCAACGUGAACGCCACAGGGGUGGCCAUGCUGUUCUCUGCCGGGACCUUCCUGUAUGUUGCCACCGUACACGUUCUGCCUGAGGUGGGCGGGACCGGACACAGCCACUCCCCCACACCGGGGAAGGAAGCAGCGAAGGGACUGAGCAAGGUGGAGGUUGGGGCUCUGGUUCUGGGCUGUCUGCUACCGCUGGUGCUGUCUGUGGGACACCACCACUAGACACACACCGCUAGUAGACACAGAGGAGCCCGAGGGGAGGAGAGGAAAGGAGGGAUGUAAAAGAGAAGAAGAGUGGGUUUAGAGGGAAAGCAGCCUAACAGACAUCUCUAUCACACAUCUCAAAUGUCUUUAUGUACCUGUUCUAUUGAUGGACUUCUGAUUUGGUUGGAUUGCGGUUGUUGUGUCCUCGUUGCCGGGACAACGACCUGCGGGUGGAAUCGGAACCGCGCUGGACAACACAAAGGGAUGAUGAUGUCAUAACCAUAGUAAUAAGGACCUCCCACUUGUUCAACACUCUAAAGGAAGUGCUAUCUGCUGAUACUGAUGACAAGACUGCUACCAUGGUUUCUGCUUCUUUUAAGCAGACAUUUAUUUUUCUAUUUUUUGGGGGGGGGGGCGGGGUCUCUCUAGGUAGGCUUUACAGACAGCAGGGGAGUUGGUCAUUGUUGUAUCCUGUUUCAGUGCUACAAAUGAACUGUCAACUCCUGAACUCGCGUUAAUGUACCUGCUUUUGUUUUGUUGCUGAGGACUGGGCUGUGAGAAAUGAAGAGAUAUUUGUGACAUCUUGCAGUAAAAGUAAAGGUUUUAAAUCCAGAGUGAUUUUUCACUCUCACUUUUCAGAGCAUUGUUUAUGUGCUACGUUGAGCUUGCACUCUGACACACGGUGUUCUUACUGUGAGAUGAAAUGUAGUCUAUAUUUAAAUUCUUGCUAGUGCAAUCAGUAACUAAUUAGAAGUUUACAUGUGAGUAGUUGCACUUCUAUGACUUUUGGCCUGAUCUAUAGGCUAUUUAUUAAUCUACCGUACUGUUAAAGGACAUUGGACAUCUGAGAGACAUGUUGUCUAUAAGACUGCUGUCCACAGACUCUAGCAAACCUGUUAACUGAGGCUUAUUAAAGGGGAAAUCUGCAGUUCAAUUGAUAACAAAAGGAAUCCCCGCCACCUUGUUGGGUAAACAGCUUGAAGGAUGAUUGUCUUGCUUCAGCCUCACAAUGGAAGCCCCAGGACCAGUCUCGAAAUUAUACACUGUAAUGGAAGCCCUGGCCCCAGGACCAGUCUCUAAAUUAUACACAGUAAUGGAAGCCCUGGUCCCAGGACCAGCCUCUAAAUUAUACACCGUAAUGGAAGCCCUGGUCCCAGGACCAGCCUCUAAAUUAUACAUCAUAAUGGAAGCCCUGGUCCCAGGACCAGCCUCUAAAUUAUACAUCAUAAUGGAAGCCCUGGUCCCAGGACCAGCCUCUAAAUUAUACAUCGUAAUGGAAGCCCUGGUCCCAGAAAUCUAAACUUAUAUCAACCCAUG